AUGACGGGCCAGGUCAGAAUUUCUCCAGUGGCAACCUCUCAUCCUGCUGAGGAUGUUGGAGAGGAGGAGGAAUCGGACGACGAAGAUGAGGCCGAGAAGGAGAACGCAAAGAGAAACAGGCAUGUUGUGGUAACCAGCCAGGGUAUCGGCAACAGUACCAGGUCUGACGAGGGUGAUGGGUCGGACGAGUCCGACGAGGGCGUGCAGCAUGCUGAGAAUGCUGCAGCACUCUUGGAGAACGAUGUUUCGACAAUGCUCACUCGCGACAAGACGCAAGCAGGCGUCGAAAGGUCAGAUUUGGAGCGAACGCUGGAGAAGCUGGGCUUCAAUGUUGCGGAGGAAGAUGAGCACUUAAAAGGUUCAAGCAAUCCAGUCGGAUGGAAUCGCCAAGGCGGCAGUGGCUCUGGUGAGAAAGAGUUCGGGCAAGAGAAGGAGCUUAUGCUGGCUCUUUUUCCUGCCAGAAAGAAGAAUUACAAGCUCCAGCCGCAGCAUCUUGGCUUGCCGGCCGUGCUUAGACAUGUUUUUGUGGCACAGGAGGAGCUGCUGAAGCGGUCUGCAGGGGGUAUGGUCGAGAGCAGCUCCAUGCGGGUGGCCAUGAAGAAGGCUGAGGCAUGGCUGCGAACACGUCUUUGUGGGCCGCGCGCCUUCAAGGUUUCAAGAUCUCUCCAGAGCAUUACCAACAAGAAGCCCUUCAUCGUGUUCUUUUUCCUGCUCACGGUCUAUAUUCUCGUUUUUCCAGAUCUCAUCCAGAUCUUAACAAACAGCGAUGCAGAUAAAACGCUCCUCACCGCGAACACCAUUGUCUUCUUUCUGUUCUUGUUCGAACUCAUCCUCAUUGUGUCCGUGGAAGGAAGCUACAUAUUGUCGAUACCCUUUGUACUGGAUGCUGUUUCGCUGGUCAGCAUCUUUGCUGACACAUGGUUCAUGGCCGAAAUUGCGGUGGACACGAAGAGCUCAUCGCUCACGAAACUAGCGCGAUCCUCCAGGAUAGCACGGAUUGCCAGAAUCGGAAGAGUGGCUCGAGUCACCAAGCUGAUUCCACGCGUGCUCAAGCUUUGCAGGAAACAGAGCAAUGCACUUGCCGAACAGCUGCUCUUGCGGCGCUUGUGGCGUCUUUUCCAAUACUUGGACACGGCUCGGGAUGGCAAGCUCUCCGUUUUCGAUUUGAAGAUUUUCUACUUGGCCCUUUUACAGGAGUGUCCUCACGUGCGCCCGGAUAAGAGUGAUGUAGUCAAGAUACUCGAGAAGGAUUCUGAGCUUUUGUUGAAUUGUGGCCAAGACGAAAGUGGUCAUACGAACGAGCUUAAACCUUCUCUUAGCGUCGACGUUUUCAGCGAGAUCCUGAUGCAGACCAAGCUAGGGGUGCAUUUGGUUGAGUUUCAUCGUCAAGAUUUGGAAAGCGAUGGUGGCAGUGUCUGGGCACUGACCCAAAGGCUGAGCGACAGUACUGCCAUGAAGGUCUGUGUCGGAAUCUUGGCGCUGGUGGCAACCAUGUCGCUGCUGGAGGUAGACAUCGUUGACUAUGCUCCUUCGCAUGGGCUUACGCAGUUGGACAAGAUUGCCAGGGAAGUCCAUGCACAGGGCCCGGCUGGCGACUGGGCACACCUGUGUGCGCAGAUAGAUGUUUAUGCCCGACACAACGCGGUGAUGUACCUCUACCUGGAUGGCUGGGAGCACUUCGAAGGUGGCAACUGCUUGACGGCUCAAGCACGGCAGAUUUCGCCCGAGCUUGCUCUCGCGCGGACCGACUUGCUGGCCGCCGAGGCAAAGCUUCGCCCGACAGAGAUCGAGAAGACGUGCUGCGUCCUCAGCAGGCUGGUGGACGACUGCGACGAGUUGCCACUCUUGGAGGGGAACAGGACUGGCAGCCUUUCUUUGGUAGACUUGUCGGAGAAGGCCAAGGAAGCUGCGUUCUGGUCCUUGAUGACAGUCCUUGCAGUGUUGAUUCAGAUCCCACUGUCAGUUUAUGUGCUCAAUGUGAAGAUCUCAACGUUUUCGACCACUUUGUUGCAGCCCCUUCGAUCUCUGGUGGACGACAUGGUGGCGAUGUCCAGCCUGGAAUUGGUUGGCAUUGACGAUCACACUGCCCCCGGCACUGGGAUGUUGAGCAGCAAAACCUCGAAAGACAAAAUCAAGACUGCAGAGGAGCUUGAGAACCUCAACACGGCUUUCCGUGCCAUGCGCAGCGCUAUCAGGUCCUGGUCGCUUUUUGUUCCCCCGUCUGUGGUGGAACGCUUCUACGAUGCAGGCCUAGAGGCGAAAGUGGGAGUAACCAGAUGCGAGGUCACGGUGUUGUUCUGUGACAUCGAAGGCUUCGAGGAGACUUGUCGGGAGAUGGAUCCCGACGCCGUCCUGAGCAAGCUCACAGGCGUCUUGGGAACAAUCGCAGAUGAAAUACAGCUCCAGAAUGGGACGUUUCUGGAGUUCAUCAGCGAUGAGGUCAUGGCCGUGUUCAAUGCGCCCAACAAGCUGCCGAACCACGCUUCAGCUGGCUUGCUGUGUGCCCUGGCAAUUCAGAAGGCUGUCGUCCAGCACAAGGUCCUGGUUGGGAAUCAGGAGAAGCCGAUUCGGUGUCGAGUUGGAGUCCACACCGCCUUCUGA